AUGAGCGCCCAUGACGCCCGUGUCAUAGUGGAGAACGGCCAGGAAGAGCGCCCAAACGAGAGUGAGAAAUCACGCGAUGCGGAGGAGGACAUCUCGGUACACUAUGCGGGGGAUUUGGACUCCGUAUCUGACUUUGACCCUAACUUCGACGCAGAGCAAACCGAGCUGGGAAACGACUCCCCUUACCCCGAAGUGCGCGCAGCUGUUGCAAACUUUGACGACCCCACCAUGCCCAGCUCCACAAUUCGCGCGUGGGUACUCGGACUGCUCUGGGCUCUUGUGCUACCCAGCGUCAACCAGUUCUUUCUCCUUCGAUAUCCAACCAUCUACGUCAAUCAGCUAGUGGCACAGCUGAUAUCUUUCCCGAUGGGCCGACUAUGGGCUCGUGCUAUGCCUCAGGUCAAACUAUUUGGCGUACCACUCAACCCUGGUUACUUCACCAUUAAGGAGCACGUGCUCGUCACGGUCAUGGCCGGCGUAGGGUCUCAAGCAGCAUAUGCUACGGAGAUUGUAGCGGUGCAGAAGGUUUACUUCAAUCAGGACUUCGGUUUUAUCUACGCUUGGUUGUUGGUUAUGUCUACACAACUCAUCGGCUUUUCCAUCGGCGGUAUCGCACGGCGUUUUCUAGUCACUCCUCCCUCCAUGAUUUGGCCGGCGACAUUGGUCUCGUGCGCCCUUUUCAAUACCCUACAUUCUCUGAACUACCCCGGGGCCGGGACGAAACGCGGUAUGAGUCGCGAGCGCUUCUUCACCUAUGUAUGCGCGGGUGCCACGGUGUGGUAUUUCCUCCCUGGAUACCUCUUCCAAGCCCUCAGCUUCUUCAACUGGGUCUGCUGGAUCGCACCUUCAAACGUGAUAGUGAACCAACUAUUUGGUUAUCGUUCCGGACUCGGGUUUUCUCUGAUAUCCCUUGACUGGACCCAGAUUGCGUAUACUGGAAGUCCUCUUGCUGUACCUUGGUGGGCCGCCGCAAAUGUCUUUGGAAGCUUCGUGGUGUUCUUCUGGAUCCUGACACCGGCCCUAUACUACUCUAACACGUGGUGGUCUCAUUACUUACCGAUAUCGUCGCAUAACUCUUACGAUAACACCGGCCAACAAUAUAACCUGACAAGGAUUCUCAACCCUGAUGCUUCCUUCAACCAGACCGCAUACGAAGCAUACAGCCCUCUAUUCCUCUCGACCACAUUCGCCGUUUCCUACGGACUGAGCUUCGCCGCGAUCACCUCCACCAUCGUGCAUGCUGCCAUCUACUUCUAUCGGCCAAUCAAGCGCAAUUUCGGGCAAUCUCUACGGGAGCAACCUGAUGUGCACGCUCUACUCAUGUCGCGAUAUACCCAAGUGCCGGAGUGGUGGUACGCUGUUAUCUUCGUCUUCACGUUCACGGCGGGAUGUCUAUGCAUCGAGUUGUGGCCGACGGGUAUGACGAUAUGGGCAUUCAUCGUCGCCAUCGCCAUCUCGCUCAUCUUCCUGGUACCAAUCGGCAUGAUUCAAGCGAUCACUAGUCGACAGAUUGGCUUGAACGUUCUCGCAGAGCUGCUGCUCGGGUUUAUGCUCCCUGGGCGACCUGUCGCGUUGAUGAUGUUCAAGACCUGGGGCUACAUCACCAUGACGCAAGCGAUGAUCUUCACGGGAGACUUCAAACUUGGACACUACAUGAAGAUACCGCCGGUACCCAUGUUUGCUGCCCAGAUCAUCUCAACUGUCAUUGCCGGGACUGCACAACUCGCUGUGCAGACAUGGAUGUUCUCCAACAUCGACGGCAUCUGCAGCGAAGAUCAGCCGCAAAGGUUUGUCUGCGCAAACCAGGAAGUCUUCGCCACCGCUGCCAUCAUUUGGGGUCUCAUCGGGCCACAACGACAGUUCGCCGCUGAUCAGAUCUACUAUGGGCUUAUAUUCUUCUUCCUGAUCGGCGCCGUUGCCCCCUUGCUCCAAUGGAUGUUGGUGAAACGAUAUCCACAUUCAUGGCUCAACUAUCUCAACUUCCCGUUGAUCUUCUCCGGGUUGCAGCUCCUCCCCCCUGCAAACGCCUCGAACUUCGUGACAUGGGCGAUCACCGGAUUCAUCUUUCAGUACUUCAUUCGUCGGCGACAUUUCUCGUUCUGGGUCAAGUACAACUAUGUCUUAUCGGCCGCUCUCGAUGCAGGUACAGCACUCGGAACGAUACUGGUGUUCUUCUGUCUACAAUACCCCCGAAACGGCAAUAUAGGCGCGACCACAGUAGCUACAUGGUGGGGGAACACCGUCUUCACGCGUAAUGCAGAUUGGAACAGCGUUCCUCUGAAGACCAUACCAGAAGGGAAGAUGUUUGGCCCGACGUCGUGGUGA